UAUAUAUAUAAUAUAUAUGGAUGCUUAAUUUUUAAGAUUUGAAAGCGAAGAAAAUUGUUACAGCUUGGAGUUUUAUACCGUCUUAAUAUUUGAGGUUAAAGACAAUUAAAUCCCAAUCGAUUAGAGUCAAUGAUUCCUGUAAACUUUCAAUAUCGUACAGUCAAUUUCUUUUUUCUGGACGAAGACCUGUGUGAACGUAUUCGUAUUGUACCCUUGCCGAGGGAUCAUGUGCGGUCCCAUGCUUUGUGAACCUGGAAACGAUUUACUUUUGUGGACCUUGUUCGCUGACCAAGGAGUGGGCACAUGGCAGUUAUCUCGGAACUUGGUGCAUAUUCGAGCAAAGACAUGCUGUGCCUCUUUGAUUUGAAGUAAUAUUAUUUACAUUAUUCCAUGGACGUGAGGUCAUGUAGCAUACCAGUCCUUCUGGUGUCCAAUUUUUUUUAAAUUGUACAUUGGUAAAUAAAUUGUUCUCGAUUUUGAAAUAUUUUUGUGUUGACUAACAAUGAUCAUCCUUAUAUCAGAUGGGUAAACUUUAAAAAACACAACACAAUUAACGGUAAUUGUGACAACCAGAGUAAUAUUUAAUCAUACCAAAGCCAAAUUGUUUUUAAACUAUAAACAAUACUGGUUUGGUUGCUUACCUUUGAUUGAACAUGUUUGAUGUUUGGUGCAUAUGACAUGUUUAGUAUCGAGUCUGUACAGGAAUUAAUUACAUCUCAUUAUAUCUCGGAACAACAAGUUACUCUAGCUUGAUGCUUUAGUUGACAAUGAUUAGAUGCGGAUGUAUUAGCAGGCAUGCCCAUUAUGAAGAGCAACGGUAUUUGCAAAUGUCCCUUCAAACACCAAGUGACAAUUGAUGAAAAGGCGGACAAUAUUUCGAGUGCAUCUGACAAACAAAAAUUAUCCACCUACUCCAAAUGUCUGACUCUCUAUUCAAUCCAAGUUUUAAAGGAUGUAAUGUUUAUAUGAGUGUCAUAAAAAAAUGGGGUAGGUUUAACCACCACCACAAAAAAGAAUACCCCCACAGUAUUCAAGAGACAAGUUACAUGAAAGUCAAAAUGUGAUGAAUUAUAGAAAGCUUGAGUGGUCGUAGAAAAUUUUUAGAGUUUGACAUCUCCAUUGAAUACAUCAACUCAUCAUUCCUUGUCAUAAACAGAGCGGCGGAUAUAGACUUGUCAUGGCAUUCUAAGAUGUGGGAAAGCUACAUUUAGCCGCAGCAAUCACCCAUUCCAGAUGUGGAUUCGACCCUUCGUACACUCUGAUUUUGCAAGUUGGAAUACCCCAGAAUGUUCUGAGCCGCGUUGCCUGAUAUGCAAUUGCAAUGCACAUACAGAAGACUCUGUCGUGAAGUCUGUGAGCUUACAAGACGUACUUGAUAGCAAAGUAAAUAAGUCUGUUUAUUGUUACAUAUUCUUCCUACCAACAAUUCUACACAAAGAAGACAAAAGGAAGUUGCGCUAUUAUUAUAGAAAGUUAUCGAAAUGUCUUAGUUUAACUUGUCUGUUAGCGAUAUUUGAUUAUGUCUGUGCGUAGUGUAUCCCAUGUGUUGUUUUGUAUUGAAUAUAUUAUCACCUAAUUGUCUCUGAAGUUUAUAUUAUGAAUCUUGAUUUUAUGAAAAACAAAUUUUCAUAAAUCGGUUCUUUUUGCUCAAUCAUAUACGUGCAUUAGUUGUGAUAUUGCCGUUAAAACAGAUUAGUUUUUCGUAAAAUGUUGCCCUAUGGCAAAAUGUGCAACAAUUUGUGAACAACAACAUAAGUGUUGUUAAUCAUCCACUAUGGUUAUCAUAUUAUAAAAUCAUGAAAAAAUGAUUCCUUAUUAUGCUAUUUAAGGGAAAUAAAGAUCUCAAUCGUUUUUUAGAACAGGAAAAAGGUAUUCGAAGAAUAAUAUUGAAUAUUUAGGAAAACACCCGAAACUUAUGGAAAAACCCAUUUACACGUUAUAUCUAUGUUUUUUAAACUUAAAUUGCUGGUUAUUAGAGCACUGAAAAACUAGAUUUAUCAACUAAAUAUAAGUAAUGGUAAUUCCUAGCCAUCAAUCUUUUGAGCGGGUAUAUUCUACGAGUAGAUGUUGAUUCAUGGCAAACAUUACUUUCUUUUUUAAUUUUGUUUGAUUUGAUUGCAACUGUUGCACAGGUAAGGCCCUUUUUAUAUGUCAAAUAUACCUGCGUAUCUAAGGACCAAGUAAUAUAUUUAGUUUUAAAGUUGGUCAGGAUAUUGUUUGCACAACAAACGAUAUUUGCAAGAAUCAUAGACACAAAGCAGAGUUCGACAAUACUCGGUCAACCGAGGGAUGAACUAUACUGGAAGAAGAAGAAGAACCAAAUCGACACUGAGUUUUAAAAAGGAUCAAUUUAUUUCUACUAUGGAAGUAAUAUCUUCGACAAUUGUUGGCUGGUGCAGUCGUUUAAAGGCUGGUGUAUGGUGAGUUGCCGCUAAAAGGCCCAAGGGAUCAAUUUGAUGAAGUGCUAGUACAGGCUGUGGAGUGAAAUCCGAAAGAGUAUGAAAUAUCCUUGAACGACACUUUCCAAACAUGGCAAACUAUGACUACAUUUCCACCGAUUACCAAGGCACUCUCUACUCGUCUAUAUGCCCAAAGACCGAAGAUUACUUUGUCAGUGUUGAUACUUACCAACGUGAGGCCAGGGGGGACAUCAGGAUUCUUCACAGUGUGGUUGCAUCAAAAGAUCAGAGUGGAUCGGUUGAGGAUUUUGCAGGCAAAUAUAAACGUGUUUCUGAAGUAGAACUGCAAGACUUGAUUCUUAGAGCUCGUACUCACAUUAUACCAAACUUAGUCAGGAAAAGAAACAUUGUAGAUCUCGCUAAGUUGUUAGUAUGUACUGACAAACAUUUUCGGAAGUUCGUUCUUAAGAAGUUGAAAGAUAUCAUAAGUAACUUAGAUAUAUCUGUUCUUUUUAUGUGUGAUUUUAAAACGUGUUUGCAGUAUUUGAUUAAUAUUUUUCCUGACAAAAACUUGGAUGAUAUUUCAAUUUGGCUUGAUUUGUGCCAACCUGUUAUGGACAUGCUAUCAAUCCUAAUGGUGCUAUCAUGCUCUCAAAGCAACGAAAUGACAACAGUUCAGAGGGAUAUUGUAUCAUUAUCGAAUAAAAUGAUUGACAAGAUAUCCUUGCUGUUGUCAGGAAAGAAACUGAAAAAGGAACAACCAAAAUGUUACUAUGCAUUAAAAUGUGUUGCUUCUUUCAUCAAAUGUGUCCCUUCAUGGAAUCUAAGUCGAGACUUUCAAGGAAUAUUCGAGAACUGGGAAGACGCCUUCUGCUCACGUCAUCACGCAGAACAUCUUGAGAAAAUCGUGGAACGGUCAUUCUUUGAGCAGUACAUUGUUAUGAUUGGUUUUUAUUUUAAGCUCAAACAGAACGUGCCGGUUGAAGAAAAUUUUCUAAGGUUUCUUCAGCGUCUUUUUCUUCCUAAGAGUGUGGAAAAAAUGCAAACAGAUGUGCAGCAAUAUGCUUUAGCAGAUAUAGCAUUGCGUGGGAUUGGUUCUUGUUUGUAUAGAUCUAGGGGAAAAGCCGAAGCUUUAAUGAAAGUUGUUGACGUUUGCUGGAAAGAAUUGGAAGGACGGAAAAGAUUUCUUCCUCUUCCAUAUGAACUGACGGAUCAUCUCUUCCAGGGUGACAAACAACUUGUUUACACCAUUAUUCAGUCUUUGAACAUCUCAGAGCAAUUUCUGUUUGAAUGUGCCGAAAAAAAUAUUGAACGACGAGUUCCAGACAUAGUUUUUCACGACUUGGAUAAUCACGCGCUUCCUAAAAUGAGUGAUCAUUCAUAUUGGUCAGUUGGGUAUGGCCGUAUUCGCAAAUGCAAUACAAAGAUCGCUAUCCAUGUGCCUGGGAUAUCUCCCAGUACUUUACAGUUAGGUCAAAAAAGGAACAUCAAGAACGAAAUGUUAGAAAAUGACUUUAAGAUUCUUUUAGGUCUUCAGCAGAAGACCACACACACAAACAUCGUUAGGCUGCUAGCUUACAGUGAACUACAAAGUCCAUUGCCAUUUUACGCAAAAGAUUGUCAUAGGAAGGGGAUGCUUGAUAAACUCAUGGAAUCAAGACAACAACAAAUACAUUUACCGAUAAAGUGGUUCAAUGAUCGUCUGACAGAUAUUAUUAGUGCUCUCAGCUAUCUCCAUGGUGUUAAAAUUGUCCAUCGUGACAUCACACUCCGUUCAUUUCGACUUAUUCAAUGUAAAGAUAGAGAUGAUGAUUUGGCUGUUUUGUACGACUUUAACCUUGCUUGUCAAACAGAUUUCAGUGCAACAGCGAUUGGAAAAGUGGCAGAUUUGCGUGGAGAUGGGAUCCCCAUUCGUUGGUCUGCCAUAGAGUCAAUUCUUCAAGAUUGCUAUGAUGCCAAAUCAGAUAUUUGGAUGUUUGGUCACGUGAUCAACGAGAUUUUUACAUAUGGAUGUGAACCCUUUACGGAUCACUACAGUCUUACCACAGAUGAUAUCAUCGCAGGGGUGUUGGCAAGCGAUAUCAGCCCUCACUGGUGGCCCUGCAUCCCUCGUGAUUAUCAUGACCUCUCCGUAUCCUGCUGGAAAACUGACUCAAGUGAAAGACCUUCAGCUGAAGAUAUUUUUGAAAAGUUACGUAAACUUGGAAAAGACUGUAAAGAGGAAAUGUGUGAUUGCUUGAAUCUCCCUCGAAUAAGUGAAAGACAGGCGGAGCGAGGUCAUGAACCAGAGAGGGGCAUUACUCCCUUUAUCAAACAGAUAAAGCUCGAAAGUUUAGAAAAAAGAGAAAAUGUCAGGAAAUCAGUAAUGGACAUAAAACGUGAAAACAGUAUGGGUUCAGUUGAAUUGGCUUCUAAUUUAGAUGUAAAUGACGUCGCUUCUCCGCUUCAGUCAGUUGUCAAAGAAAUGAGAGGUAACAUUUUGGUCAUUGAACCAGUAACAGAAGGAUUUUGUGAGAAGUUUUACACAAGUUUGACUCCUGAUUUCUGUGAUAAGAUGGGAAUUGUAAAGGACUCAUUGAACCGAGAUAGAGAGACUGUUCAGGGUUUUCCUGCUGGUGUUGUAUUAAAAUAUAAAUACCCAAAAGCAGUAAACAUAUUAAAAAUGGCUCGAGAAAGCGAGUCUCCAAGAGAAUGCAUUGACAUUCUUCUCUCUGUGGUCCAACUUGUGCAGAAAAUGCACACGAAGAGAUGGUUGAUGGUGGCCCUAACAGGAAACAAUGUUUACAUACAAAGGGAGGCCGGCCAAUACAAAGCUUUUUUCGUGAAAGUGGGAGGCAUGGUACGAAUGCCUGAAAAUAAACGUAAUAGUUCAGAAGAAAACAUUCAUGUUUCAGACCGAUUUGAAGACAUCAUAUUCUGGCUUCCCAGAGAGGUGAUAUCAUUUGGACAGCUGUCGAGAGGAAGUGACGUAUAUACAUUGGCGAUGCUGUUUUACCAAGUGUAUAUGGCUUUUUCUGUGCACAACGAUUUACAGACGGUUCCAUUUUCGAGAAAACAUAGAUCUUGUAUACUCGGGAUUCUAAAUGAAGGACACAAGCCAGAGAAACCUCCAAAAUGUCCGCCUUGGUUAUAUGAUGACGUCAUGAUACCGUGUUGGCAUAGUGAUAGAUCACAGCGACCGCCUGUGGAAGAAGUCUUUCAAAUUAUGACCGAGAGAAAAAAAGAAAAUGCUGACAUCUUGGUGUCAAGUUCACGUGAUGGUGGAUAUCUGGAUACUGCGAGUUUGACCUUGACCGACUCUAUUGGGGCCACAGAAAAUGCAGAUAACCAAUAUGACGACAUCGCCAAUGUCAGGCCGCUAUCUGGGUUGAAUGAUGCAGUGGUACAGAGUCCCUCUCAGUCUUUUAUUUUGGACGAAAAAGACAUGAAAAACUUUGAACUUGAAGGCUCACAAACAGUAACAACGGAUUCGAUUUCAUGUGUCUCCCCUCCUCCUCUCCAGGAUGUAAGCGAACCAAAUUUACAAAUACGCCCCGGUCAACCCCCACAACUAGUAAGGAACACUCAACUGAUGGUUCCCCUCGCUGGACAAGAAAUGGAGAAACAGAAUCCACUAUACGAGAGUGUCACUGGUAAACCCAGCAGUCAUUCAGAGUCUAGGGCUAGAGGCCAAGAACAGCAAAGUCAGGGAGAGGACUUGGAGCACAGCCAGAGCUCCGUGACUAAAUCAUCAGACUUUGUACAGUCAAACAGUUAAAACAUGACCUAUAUGACUCUACUGCUUAUGAAAUCAACAAUUAAUUACUGUAUCAAUUAAUACAGUAUAAUUUCAUCAGUAUCACAUUGAUAUAUUUAUCAUGAUUCAAAAGUAUAGUGAAUCACACAAUUUUUCCUCAAUGAUUCAUGCGAGUGUGAUGAGAAUAGCUAGCACUGCAGAAAAAUACUUUCACUUUUUUCUGCAAUGCUAGCGUAGCUACAUGAAUGCACCUUCUAAGUCCGUAAAAAAAAGACAAGUCCAAAGAAAGCAUUUUCAUUUACGUCUUUUUCUGAAUCUGCUAUCAUUUAUUAAUAUAUAAAGAGUUUUAAAGUAAAUAAAAUAUAAUCAUUGUCAAUCAGUACUUUAUACAAAUUCUUACUCGAAUUUUAUCUAUAAUGGCUUGAAAAACUGACCUCAGCCGAUGAAGAAUUUUGAUACAUCAUGGAAUAAUUCAAGCAAAGUCAACGCCAAAAAAAUAGAAAAUGGGUUUAGUCCACUAAUGCAUUUCCCAUAGGCGGUAAUGUUAACGUUAGGGUUCAUAGCUCCGGCCCUAAUUUUCGUUCAGCAACGAGGGACCCCUUGAAUUAAAGCUCAUCAAAUUGUCUCUUACCUGUUAAAAUUUCGUGGUGUGAAGUCAGAUUCGUUUUCCGUCAAAAUGCGUCUGUAUUGAAAAACUCUGAAAAUGAAAGUAAAAGUAGGGAAUUUCACAGUUUUGGAAAGGGUGUACAUUCACCAAUUUCAAUUUUUUUCUUCAAAUGACAAUUCAAUUUUGACACUUGCUUUUAAAAUUGCAAAUCCUCUUUUCUGACAUGUGUCAAGCAUUUUGAUUUAAAAUGACCCAAUAAAUGUAUAUACACUCUGCAAGUAUAGGGACUAUUUUGCUUAAAGGCACUGGAUAUACCCAAAUACAAUUUAAUGCAUUAUAUAUAUUAAUGGAAAAAUUGGCUUUUCCUUCAUGUAACAUGCUAAUCGACAAGAACGGCAUUUUUUAAGGUAAUACAAAACAGAGAAGUGAAAAUUUUCCUAUUAUUCAAUUUUUCUGAAAGGUUUAUAUUUUGUUCAUUGGAAUGACUUCUUUAAAUAUGUAAAAUUUGAACAAAAAAAAUCCGACCUCACAAUUUUUGCUCAUAUCGCCCCAAACAGCCCAUUUGAAUCUCCUUUCAGUGGAUUGUAAAAAUGAAAGAGUCAUUGUUAUAAUCUCCUAUGACAUUAAGUUAAUUUUCAAUAUAUUACAAGUGUUUGUGUUGCUUUUCAUACCGGUGUUAUAUAGUGCCUUUUUCCCCUAGCCAUCUUUCCCCCCGAAAAAAUGGCUAUAUAGCAGUUCUUCCCCCCGGAAAAAUGGCUAUAUAGCAGUUUUUCCCCCACGGAAAGCUGACUAUAUAGUGGGCUUUCCCCCUUUU